CAGAAAUUAAACCAGAAAAGCUCUACCCUAUCUAACAUUCUGACCCUUCCCCUAGAAAUUGAAACUAUAAAAGCGCUAACAUGGUGGAUCCCUUCCCUUCAUCUCUCACUCAGUUCUCCACACCCUACCCUCCUCCGCAUUUUCCUUCUUCUUCUUCUUCUUCUUCUUCUUCUUCUUCUUCAGUGUAUUGGAAGUUCGAGCUCAAGGGCAAACAGUAAUGAAUGCCCUAUUGAGCUCGUCAAAGUACUGCUUGCAUUUAUAGCUUACCCUGUAUUUAUUUCAACGGAGGCCACCACUGCCUUCUUCACCAGCCAAAAGAAAUAGAGCCAGAAAAAAAAAAAAAAAAACUUAACAAUAAACAAAUAGCAGAGGAGAGGAGAGAUUGGAGAAGAGAGUUUAUUUCAGUGUGUCAGAAUGUUGAGGCCUACUAGUGCUAGCACUUCUCUGUUCAUCUUCGGUUUGGGUUUCUUCAGUCACAGCUGCUGUUACUUAUGAUGGUAAAGCCAUCAUCGUCAAUGGGCAGAGAAGAAUUCUCAUCUCCGGCUCCAUUCACUAUCCCAGAAGCACUCCUGAGAUGUGGCCUGAUCUCAUACAGAAGGCGAAAGAUGGAGGAUUGGAUGUGAUUCAGACUUACGUCUUCUGGAAUGGGCACGAACCCACCCCUGGAAAUUAUUACUUCAACGACAGGUACGACCUUGUGAAGUUCGUGAAGCUGGUUCAACAAGCGGGUCUCUACCUUAAUCUCCGGAUUGGCCCUUACGUUUGUGCUGAAUGGAACUUUGGAGGACUCCCUGUUUGGCUCAAGGAUGUGCCUGGAAUCUCCUUCAGAACUGACAAUGAACCCUUCAAGGCGGCAAUGCAAAAGUUCACAGAGAAGAUCGUCAACAUGAUGAAGCAAGAACAGCUCUUUGAACCUCAGGGAGGCCCAAUUAUUCUUUCCCAGAUUGAGAACGAGAUGGACCCGGUGGAAUACGAGAUCGGGGCGCCGGCGAAAGCCUAUGCACAAUGGGCAGCUAAAAUGGCAGUGGGGCUCGACACAGGAGUCCCAUGGAUUAUGUGCAAGCAAGAGGAUGCUCCUGACCCUGUGAUAAACACCUGCAAUGCGUUUUACUGUGAGAACUUCAAGCCAAACGCGCCAUACAAGCCUAAAAUGUGGACUGAAGCCUGGACUGCUUGGUUCUCAGCAUGGGGAAACCCAGUCGCAUACAGACCAGCAGAAGAUCUGGCAUUUUCAAUUGUCAAGUUCAUUCAGAGUGGUGGCUCUUAUGCCAAUUAUUACAUGUACCAUGGAGGGACAAACUUUGGUAGAACAGCAGGUGGACCCUUUGUGACCACAAGCUAUGACUAUGACGCCCCUCUUGAUGAAUAUGGUUUGACAAAUGAGCCGAGAUACACACACCUGAAACAUAUGCAUAAAGCAAUCAAGCAAUCUGAAACUGCUUUGGUUUCUGCUGACGCCACUGUGAGAUCACUCGGGAAAAAUCAAGAGGCUCAUGUAUACAGCUCAAAGUGGGGCUGUGCUGCAUUCCUAGCAAACUACGAUGUGAAUUAUGCAGUCACGGUCGACUUUGGAAAUGGUCGGUAUGAUCUCCCAGCAUGGUCCAUCAGCAUUCUACCCGAUUGCAAAACUGAAUUUUACAACACUGCAAAGGUGAGGGAAGAAAAGUUUCAGCUCCACGAGUGCACAGGAAGAUGACGCCUGUGGGUGGAUUUACAUGGAACUCAUACAUCGACGAAGUUGCUUCUGGUUUCGCUAGUGAUACAACUACACUGGAUGGAUUGUGGGAGCAAGUUUACUUGACCAAAGAUUCUUCGGAUUACCUUUGGUACAUGACAGAUAUCAAGAUAGAAGGCAACGAGGCAUUUCUGAAGAAUGGAGAUGACCCGGUUCUCACGGUCCAAUCAGCUGGCCAUUUUGUCAAUGUUUUUGUCAAUGGUAAACUCAUAGGAAGCGCUUAUGGCAGUAAAGACAAUCCCAAGUUGACUUUCAGCCAGGGUGUGAAGCUAAACGUUGGUGUUAACAAGAUUGCAUUGCUGAGCGCUUCAGUUGGUCUUGCGGUUAGUGUUUCUCACUUCUCUCUGGAACUUGGACUCAAUUUGGCUGUGCCAUGACCUUUUCCCAUGUUAAACCAGAAUGUUGGACCGCACUUUGAGAACUACAACGUUGGUGUUCUCGGUCCAGUCACACUGAAGGGAUUGAAUCAGGGGACAGUUGACAUGACCAAAUGGAAAUGGUCUUACAAGGUUGGCGUGCAAGGUGAGAAAUUGCAGCUGAAUACGAUCACUGGAAGUUCAUCCGUCGAUUGGUCAGAUGGAACGCUGUUAGCUGAAAAACAGCCUCUGUCGUGGUACAAGACAACUUUUGAUGCGCCAGAAGGGAACGAGCCAUUGGCGCUAGACAUGAUCAGCAUGGGGAAAGGCCAGGUAUGGAUCAAUGGGCAGAGCAUAGGCCGAUACUGGCCUGCAUAUAAAGCAGAAGGCAACUGUGGUACCUGCUAUUACGGUGGUUACUACGCGGAGAAAAAAUGUCUCAUCAAUUGUGGACAGCCUACACAAAGAUGGUACCAUGUUCCACGGUCAUGGCUGAAACCAAGCGGUAACUUCAUGGUUGUGUUUGAAGAAUGGGGAGGAGAUCCGACAGGGAUUUCUAUGGUCAAGAGAGGCUUAACUGGAAAGAAAUAUGAUGCAUAAGCUGCAUUCACAAUUAUGGUUACUGGCGAAAGGUCGAGAGCCAAUAUUGUGAAGUGCUGGGAUAUUGUACAGCAAAAAACUGCAUGAUAUUCUUUACAUUAUAAGGUAGUUAGGAGGAUCUGCUGUGAUUGAUGUUAUAUGAGUCCUUUCAAAAGUUAUUCAUUUCAGGUAAGCAUGUAGCUUACCUGGGUUUCAUUUCAGUCUUCUUUUGAAGAACUCUCCAAGCUUGUAAGGAAAAGUUACUGAUGUCGCUUCUCCUUCAUAUGAAUAAAAGUUGAUGAAGUUAAUAUACACCAG